CUGAUGUAGCUUUCCCCGAAACGGAAGUAGAACAAGCCGCCAGCCCCGUCACAGUGCAAAGGUCUGGAGUUUUUAAUAAAAGCUGAGAUACAUGUGGAGAUUAAAAAAGAAGCUGUAAUAAGGAUCUGUAGCGGACUGUGCGUGCUGGGACGAGAGCUGCGGUCUGAACUCUGGCAUGGCUCCACGAAUAGAUGAUGUCAUGCGUCUGUGCUGUGAAAUAUCGGCUCAUGAUCAGAUCAAGGUGGCGGUGAAAAACUCAACCAAAGGAGCGAUGGUGGCCGGAGGAAGUGCCUUCGUAGGAGGGCUACUCUGUGGACCUCCAGGGAUUGCAGUUGGUGGUGCGGUCGGUGGUCUCUUGGGCAGCUGGAUGACCAGCGGACAGUUCAGGCCUAUGCCUCAGAUCCUGAUGGAGUUGCCUCCUAACCAGCAGAAAAAGCUCUAUGACGACAUUAUGGCCGUGUUAGGUAAUCUGAACUGGAUGGACGCCGCCCAGCUCGUUGCACUGGUCAUGGGCAAUGCCACUCUCCAGCAGCAGGUCACCGCUACAUUACUGAACUACAUCACAAAGGAGCUCAGAGCAGAGGUGCGUUAUCAGGACUGACAGUACACAUGGACUUUACGAGGAUGUCGAGUCUGCUAGACAUAUUUUUGUAUUUAGUAAGUAGGAAACAGUCACCACAGACAGCUCUCUGUGUUAUUUAAUGAUGAACAGUGAUGACUCUUUUCUUAAAAUAAUGUGCCUGGACUCAUUUAUACUGGAUUACACUUUAAUCUCUUUAUACCCACACUCUGUGUCAGGGUGUUUCAAUAUACCUCUGCCUAUGACUUUCAUAUCAAAUAAACAUUUGAAGCUAUUGUGAUUGAUUGUUUUACUUCAAGAAAUAAAAAAAAUAUUAAUAUACUA